AUGCUAUUGUUUGAGCUUAUUUCUCCAAAAGAAUUUGUUAAGUUGGUGGCCAAUCAAAAGGAUCGUAGAAUCAUUCCUGUCGAUUCAACAUGGUAUCUUCCUAGUUGGAAACUCGAUAAUAAACAAGAUUUCUUGACUAAACCUCGUAUCUCAAAUUCCAUUUUUUUUGACAUUGAUGCUAUCAGUGACAAAAAUUCACCUUAUCCACAUAUGUUUCCUACAAAACAGGUUUUCAAUAAUGCGAUGAGUAAUUUGGGAGUUCGAAAAGAUGACAUUUUAGUGGUAUAUGACCGCGUUGGCAAUUUUAGUGCUCCAAGAUGUGCUUGGACUUUGGGAGUGAUGGGACAUCCUAAGGUGUACUUGUUGAACAAUUUUAAUAAGUAUCAGGCACUCAAAUACCCUCUAGAUUCUACGGAGGUCACCGAGUUCUCGCCUUAUCCCAAAAGUCACUAUGAGUCCUCAAAGAGUUUCCAGGAUAGCGAGAUUGUGGACUAUAAGGAAAUGUUUGAAUUGGUAAAGAGCGGAGAACUAUCCAUGAAAUUCAACGCUUUUGAUGCGAGAUCAUUAGGUAGAUUCGAAGGAACAGAACCAGAGCCACGUCCAGAUAUUCCAUCUGGGCACAUUUCAGGCACUCAACCAUUACCAUAUGGAACAUUACUUGACCCGGAGACCAAAACUUAUCCAGAAGACAUGGAGACCCUACAUGCUACCCUGGAAAAGGCCUUGAAAGACUUGCAUUGCACUUUGGAUCCAAGCAAACCAACUAUUUGCUCUUGUGGCACGGGCGUGACAGGGGCCAUUAUCAAGACAGCCUUGGAGUUAGCAGGAAUUCCGAACGUUAGACUAUACGAUGGAUCUUGGACUGAGUGGGCCUUGAAAUCAGACCCCAAGUGGAUUGCUAAAAACAGAGAUUAA